AUGGGCCGUGUGGAGCCGUCACGGGGCCUUGGCACAACCAAGGACACAGAUAAGCCUUACAUCUGCAUGCUGGAAAUGUCUGUGGUAUCAGAAGAAGUCUUCAUAAGAGGAGUGAAGUACAAAUCAGUGGUGAAGGGCAUGCUGUGGCAUGACUGA